AUGCGGGGGGGAGGACACGGCAUCCCACAAUCUCCUACCACCUCAAGUCGUCGUUGCAAGAUCAAGCAACAAACCAUGUCAUACUACCUCUCCCUGGUAAUCAGCGGCGAAGGCAAAGACCCCAAGCAUCGAUCUCACUGGGCAUUCGCAAUCCACCAGCCGGCACACAUCGUCGGUGAUCUGCUGCACGUCCGGCCCAUUGAUUUAGGGCGUCUGUGGUACGAAUUCGAACAUCGCUCGGACUCGGACCUCAUUCUGGUGGAUGCGAUCGGAUUGGCCAAGAUUGCAGAGCUGGGUGGCUCACAGCGCCUGCAAGCGAUCAGCGUGAUCAGAGAUGAGACGGCCCCGAAGGAUGGCGUGAGAAGAUGCCAGGAUUGGGUCUUUAGUGCUUUGAUCGCGCUGGAGGUGGAGGAACUCGUUCCGGCUGGGACGUCCGAGUUGUGGAAAGGACUAAUGGGGAGAACUGCAACGGAGGUCGAGAAGGCUGUUGGACCGAAAUGGACGAGUUUCCGUGGAUGUCAUAGCUCGCUGAGAUAG